AUGGAAUCAAUGAAGCAGAGGAACAAAGGAGGAAGUACAAGGUCGAGAAUUUCAGCACUGAUUGUGGAUGACGAUGCUGUCAUUCGGAAAAUCCACAUGAUGAUGUUGGCACGGUUAUUUAACAUGGACGCAAAAACGGUUAGUGAUGGAAAGGAAGCAGUGGAUCUGCAUCGAUGUGGGGCAAAUUUUGACAUAAUUUUCAUGGACAAAGAAAUGCCCAUCAUGGAUGGUCACGAGGCCACAAAAGAGCUACGUGGUAUGGGUGUGAAGUGCUUGAUUGUGGGAAUUACUACGCGUGCUAAUGGGAAAGAUGGUGAAGAAUUUUUUGCUGCAGGAUCCAACUAUUGCUUUGAAAAGCCUCUUGAUCGAACAAAGAUUGAACGAGUCUUGCAAGACCAUCCCAAUUUUACAACUUGAUUCAUUUUUUCAAUGUGUAUA